AUGAUUGAGCUUUGCAUAAAACUAGCCGAUAGGAGCACUCUCCGUAUAAUACAAGUUCACGCGCCCCAUUCAGAUUUUCAAGAUGUGGAAUACGAGGCGUUCUUAGACAAUCUUGCUCAUGUUCUCGAUGCCAGGAGAAGUAAGCACCAAGUGAUUCUGGGCGAUUUCAACGCAACUCCUGGUUUACGCCGUAAUGAAGAGCGAUACAUUGGUAACAAUUCCUCAGGAGCUCGAAAUCACCGUGGACAAAUGUUGGCCGACUUUUGUGAGGAAAGAAAGCUAUUUCUUGCUAACUCGUUCUUCAAAAAGAGACUUGACGAUCGGUGGACAUGGCGAAAUGAUGCCUUGGGACUGAAGAAAGAGAUUGAUUAUGUAUUGUUGAGAAGUAUGAAGGGCGUUGUCGAUGUAGGAGUGCUCACUAGUGUUAACACGGGGAGUGAUCACCGCAUGUUAAGAUGUAAAAUGCGUCUGAAUCCGAUCUCACAACCAGUAAGAAGACCAAGAGGAUUCCCCGUUAUCGACAGCGACUUAUUGUGUUCAACCGCUCAAUGUUUACUACAUGAAAAUAUGAUGACUGGCGAUACAAUCAAAGAUUAUGAUACCAUUACUCGCGUCAUAACAACAGCUACUCAGAUGUCCACAAGGUAUGAAUAUCUCCCACCACGUCUAUCACCAAGGACCCGGGAUCUCCUCCAGAGACGACGAGAGCUACGUCACGGAGAUAAUGGGAGGGGAAUCGUGGAGUAUGCUGAGAUUUGCAAGCUAGCCCGAAAAUCUAUCCAAGAAGAUUUGCGACAACGUCAUAUUCAAAUAUUUCGUCAAGCCAUCAAGUCCGGACGCCUUCGACCCACAAUUGAGGAAAAGUCAAUUCUACCACCGGAGCAGGCUGGUUUCCGCAAGCACUUCUCGACCAUAGAUCAUAUUCACACUAUUAAUAUGAUUACCGAGAAAUGUCACGAGUUCAAUAUAGAGCUAUGUGCCGUUUUCGUCGAUUUCAAGAAGGCCUUCGAUAGCGUGGAACUUCCAAUGAUAUGGAAAGCGUUGGAGUAUUUUGGUGUGGAGGAGAACUUGAUAAUGGCCAUACAACUGCUGUAUGCACACAGUACCGCUGCCGUCAGAAUAGCGAACCAACUAGCAGAGUUCAAUCUGCAGCGGGGUCUCCAUAACGCGAGCAAGGCACAUGCAGCUGUCUCGAAAGGCAGAACUCUAAGAAGAAAUUGA